CACAAUAGUUCCAUAAAAUUAACACACAGGAUGAACCUUUUCAGAUCGGCAAACAGUAACCUCUUGAUGGUGAUGUAAUGUCCGGUCAAUGAACCACCGAUGGCUCACUCAUGUGCUGUGUAGAAAUCCAACUCUUCGGAAUGUUUUACAGUCCUUUACAUAUUCCCUCUGCUCCCUGCAUGCGUUUGAGAGGACCUAUGCCAUGCCGUGUGAGGUGAAGGCUAGAUUUCUACUACUCUACGGAUCCCAGAAAGGCCAAGCACAAGCUAUCGCCGAAGAACUUGCUGAUCAGGCAGCCGAGCAUGGAUUAGAAGCUGAUUUGUUUUGCUUGAGUAACAAGGAGAAGUAUAACUUGGAGAAGGAAACAUCUCCAGUGGUUUUGGUUGUUUCCACAACUGGAGAUGGGGACCCCCCUGACACUGCCUCGUCGUUCGUGAGGAAGAUCAAGAAAAAGACUUUGUCCCGUGACCACUUCUCUCGCCUCCAAUAUGCAGUAUUAGCUUUGGGAGACACCAACUAUGCAAACUUCUGUAACUGCGGGAAGACUAUUGAUGGUCGUCUCCAGGAGCUAGGGGCCAAGCAUUUCUACUCCACGGGAUAUGCAGACGAUGGUGUUGGGCUGGAACUAGUUGUUGAGCCGUGGAUCGAAGGUGUGUGGGGAGCAAUCAAGAAAGCUAUAGCAGAGAUGGCUACUCCGGCAAAACAGGAAAGUGUCUCUACCAGCACUGUGCACAACACUGACCAUGACACUGCUGCAAGCCAGGAGAACACCAAAUCAUCUGGACUGGACCUUAGCCUAGGGUCACUAACCCUCAAGGAUGCACCUGCUUCCAAAUCGGAGCUGCCUGUUUCCACCACUGAAGUGGAGACUGGAGUUUUGGACUCGGAACCAGAACCUGAGAUUCUUGAGGCCUCAUUGGCUCGGUCGCUGCCCCCGCUGGCGGAAUCAGCGCUGAAUGUUCCCGCUCUUCCUCCUCCGUUUCUGAAUGUGUCCCUGGAGGAUGCACCUGCCAAGGAGCUGACUGGCCCAGUGCUUCAGGACCAUCACCAGGAAGUGCCCAUAUCCAGAGCACUGCAGCUUACUCGGGAUGAUGCCGUCAAAACGGCCAUCUUGAUAGAGCUGGACAUUUCAGGGAAAGACAUUUCGUAUCAGGCUGGAGACUCGUUUGAUAUCCUGUGUCCAAACAACGCCACUGAGGUACAGGAGCUUCUGAAGGCACUGAGGAUGGACAAGCAAAGCCAUCACUUUGUUCAGCUAGAGCUGAGAAAGGACACAAAGAAGAAAGCUGCUCAGCUUCCUCCAUAUGUACCUGUGGGAUGCACACUGCUCUAUCUCCUGACCUGGUGCUUGGAGAUAAGAAGUGUUCCAAAGAAGGCCUUCUUGAGGGCUCUGGUAGACUACACGGAGGCUCCUCGGGAGAAGAGGCGUCUGCAGGAGCUGUGCAGCAAGCAGGGAGCCGCCGACUACAACCUCUUCAUCAGGGACACCAGCAUCUGCCUGCUGGACCUCCUGCGAGCGUUCCCAUCAUGCAACCCUCCUCUGAGUCUACUCCUAGAACACUUGCCAAAGUUGCAGCCCAGGCCCUACUCAGCAGCGAGCUCCAACCACCGCCACCCAGGCAAGGUGCACUUCGUGUUCAAUAUCGUGGAGUUCCCAGCAUGCCCUGAGAAGUCGAUUGCUAGAAGAGGCGUAUGCACCGGCUGGCUGUCCGAGAUGGUCUCGCCCAUCCUCCAGGCCUGUGGCACCCCACCACCAGCACCAGCCGAGGUGACCCGUGCUGAAACACUGCCCAAGAUCCACAUUGGUCCGCGGCACAGCAAUUCUUUCCAUUUGCCCUCUGACCCCUCGCUGCCUGUGGUGAUGGUUGGGCCUGGCACCGGAGUGGCACCCUUCAUCGGCUUCCUCCAACAAAGGGAGAAGGAGAGACAAGCUGAUCCAGAUGGCUGUUUUGGGGAGACGUGGUUGUUUUUUGGGUGCCGCCACAAAGAACGAGACUUUCUCUUCAGGGAGGAGCUGGAGAGGUUUGCGGCUAGCGGCGUGCUGACCUACCUGCGAGCCUGCUUCUCCAGAGACGCCAGCGAGGGCACGGAGAGCACUGCUACUACGUCCGGCCCCAGAUAUGUCCAGCACAGCCUGCUCCAGCACGCCAAAGAGGUCACCCGGAUCCUGCUCAAGGACGGAGGCUGCCUCUACGUCUGCGGGGACGCUAAAAACAUGGCCAAGGACGUCAAUGACACACUGAUCGACAUGAUCGUGGAGGAGACCCAGGCGGACAAACUAGCGGCCAUGAAGACUCUGGCCACCCUGAGGGAGGAGAAGAGAUACCUCCAGGACAUCUGGAGCUGAGUACACUUCCUCUCUCCUGCUCAUCCACCCUGGAGGACCCCCAGCCCCCCCCUCAGGGACAUCAUCAUAACCUGCCUCUUGCCAGAUGAGUGGUUCUGCCUCACACUAUGCAAUCAUCUGGGAUGGAUCCAUUGGAGAUGUAUUUCAGACAGGGCCUUAUCGAGCUAGGAGAAGAGUCAUCCACCAAUAAAUGCCUUCAAUACUG